AGUAUAAUUGUUGCGUUUCGACGGCACAACGAAGMUACUUAGGAAUCCCAGAGAGGAAACAAAAUCGUCUGCCCCAUCGCGCACCGCAAACGAUAUCGAGGUGAGUGUGUGUUGUUUGAGUGUCGAACGGAGGCUGGUUGCGUUUGCGUUUGCGUUUGCGGUUGCGGUUGCGGUUGCGGUUGCGGUUGUUGCGAGUCCAUGCUUUUGGGCUUCCCGGAACGCCGAGGCACGGUGCGAUCUCCAGCAAGGAACAAUGCGUAUUUUACGGCAACACCACCAACGGACACAAUUCGUUGUUUUCCCCUCUCGUUCUUUUUCGACCGUUUCGUUCCUCACCGACCCCUUCGCACAACAUCCAACAUGCUCCACAUACCGCCAGCAAGACUGAGGGGCAAAAGAGAACCCCACAGAGAACUCUGCAGAGCACCCCACGGAGAACCCCACGGACUGCCACCGCCGACCAUGUCCAAGAAACCCAUCCGCAUCUCGAAGCGGGGCUGGUCUCCGCACCAGGCCCACCUGACCCGGAGGAAAAAACUCGACGGAGACCUCGGCCGGCUCACCACGAGCUGCGGCCUGCUGGCGCUCUCGGACGACGACGACGASGAGGAGGACUUUCUGAAGCAGUCCCUCGARGCCAUCGGCAGGGGCGAGGGCAAGGGCACCACCGGGAGCGGCAGGGCCGGGAGCAAGAGCCCCAAGAGGGGCAAGCGGCCGACGGUCUCUGCCCGUCUGCCGCCGACCGACGAGCCUGCUACCGGCGAAACAGAACCGGCCGCCCCGAAAAAAAACAACACGAAGCACUGCUACUCGUCCACGAAACCAAACACGAGCGGGAAGACCCCUCCUGCGCCUCCGAGAAACCGYUCCAAGUCCCCCAAGCCGCCCCUCGCCGGAUCGAGAUCCGUCCCAAAGGCUAGGACCCCGACGCGAUCGAGGGUCAGCGWUGCCAGCCGAACGAACGCAAACAAACAAAACAUUCCCAUGGACAUCCAAAAGAAGUUGUAYAGAAUCACCGAUCCGGACAUUACCAUCAAGGAAAAGGUCCUCCUCGAACUGGAAUUUAUGAACGGAACCCCCRAGGAAAAGGAAACAUACCUCCGGUACAAAAAGCAAUUCGAUCGCAAGCAGUUCGUAGACUGCCGGGCAAAGGAAGAAGAAGAAAGAACCGAAAAAAUCGAGGCCGAUGCCCUGCGCGAGCAGUUCAUAGAGGAAGAAUUCCAGAAAGAGGUGGACAUCAAACGCCGCGGGGAGCAGAGGCGCCUGGAGAAAAAGAAAGCCAAAGAGGAGAAAAUGCUCGACAGCAUCCGYCGCUACAAGGCCGAAAGCGUGAUCAAAACCAUGGAGGGAAUCAAGGACGCGGCGCUGGAGGCGUCCAACGUGACGGUGCCGCGGAACCAGAUGAUWACCAAAGAGAGAGAAGACGCCGAGCGCAAGCUCAUCGACGACUUUCGCAAAAACGAGGGCAAGGACCUACACCAUGCGGAGCKGGCCCUAAGGGAAGCCGCCAUGCUGCAAAAGGAUCCGGMCGAGGUGCGGGCGUUGCGAGAAGAGAGAUCGAAACACAGGAAGGAGCUCAAGCUGCAUACGGCGAGKUAGCWGUGAGAAAUACCUCGAGGAGCACACCAAAAGGAUUCGUUUUUUUGGCACGUCGGCACAAAGGAAUGCGCAUCUACGAGAGACGGGAGAUGUGGGUUGGGCUACGGUAUGGUAUGGUUUGGUAUGGUUUGGUAUGGUAUGGUAUGGUAUGGUAUGGUUUGGUAUGGUAUGGUAUGGUAUGGUAUUGUGCGGCCGAGACAAUAAAGGUGGAGAAGGCGUCCGGAAUCUUUUGUUUGAUGGGCAAGGAAUGCCAUGGCGUCUGCCGAGUGAUUUCGUUGGAACGGCAGUUUGGUCAUGCCUUCCGGAGGGAAUUGCCAACGCGGAGGCCUGGUGCAGGUCGAAGAGACAUCUCAACGAUUGCGCCAUGGAAUGUGUCGGUCGAUUGUCUGAAAUGAAAGGUCUGGAACGAAGGAGCUCUAGAGCGCAGUACAUCGAUAUGUGGAUCCAUUCUUUUCUACUUCCACAAUGGCUACUAAGAAACUAGUCAUAAUSUUAUAUAUAUUUAGGUACUUGUGAACACACAUCACGAAAGUUGGUUUCCCGUAAUAUAUGGUUACAUUGCUC